AUGUUUCUGUCCAUCGGGGCCUCCAAUGGCUCCAGUCCCCAGGUCGCCGAGUUCAUCCUAAUGGGUUUCCCGGGCAUUCACAGCUGGCAGCACUGGCUGUCCCUCCCCUUGGCCUUGCUCUAUCUCUCAGCCCUUGUGGCCAAUGUCAUGAUCCUGCUCACCAUCUGGAAGGAAACAGUUCUGCACCAGCCGAUGUUCUAUUUCCUGGCUGUCCUGGCCCUGGUGGACAUGGGUCUGAGCACCACCAUCAUGCCCAGGAUCCUGGCCAUGCUCUGGUUCAAUGCCCACACCAUCAGCCUCCCAGAAUGCUUCAUUCAGAUUUAUGCUAUUCAUAUCUUUGUGGGGCUGGAGUCGGGCAUUUUUCUUUGCAUGGCAAUUGACAGGUAUGUGGCUAUCUGUCACCCCCUCCGCUACCCCUCUAUCAUCACAGAAGGCUUUGUCCUCAAGAUCACCCUGUUCAUGGUGUUCAGAAAUGGUCUCCUAGUUGUCCCGGUUCCUGUCUUGGCCUCAGAUCGUAUUUACUGCUCCAGGAAUGAGAUUGACCACUGUCUGUGCUCCAACCUGGGUGUCACCAGCUUGGCGUGUGAUGACAGGAAGGCCAACAGCAUUUUUCAGCUCUCUGUGGCUUGGAUCCUGAUGGGCAGUGACGUGGGUCUCAUCAUUCUCUCCUAUGCCUUGAUCCUGCGGGCGGUGCUGAAGUUGCACUCGGCCGAAGCCGCCUCCAAAGCCCUGAGCACCUGCAGUUCCCACAUCAUCCUCAUCCUCUUCUUCUAUACAGUGAUCGUGGUCAUGUCUAUUACCCAUAGUACAAAGGGGAAGGUGCCCCUCAUUCCUGUCCUUCUCAAUGUCCUGCACAAUGUCAUCCCCCCAGCCCUCAACCCCAUAGUGUACGCCCUGAGGACCCAGGAGAUCAAUGUGGGUAUCUUGAAGCUGAUCAGGUUGACUGAAACCUUCCCAGCCCAGAAAGUCAUCUCCAAUUCUUUAGGGUUGAAACAGAAGUUAGGACCUCAAUCAACUAUCAUCCCAACCUGGAUGGUGUGGAAGCUGUAUGUGGAACUGGGGUUCACCACACCUGGUGCACUGAGAAAAAGGGACUUGAAUUUCAAUGCUGUAGGAACCACUGAUGUGAUGUGA